AUAUACUCCGUCGACAAAGUAGUAACUCCGAUGCCUCUAACCCAAACCAGCUAGCGCCCACUCAGCUGACCACCACCACCACCAAACCAACUCCGCUCUCAAUAUCAUCACCACACUUUACACAGUAGACUACAACAACAACAAGCUACUCAAUCCCAACCACACCACACCCAGGGGCCAAUCCACAACCCCAUACCUCAACCCCCACCCCAAAUCCCAUCUCCGAUACCAACCCAAUCCCCCCACUCCGGGAGAUAACCCCAAUCCAACCAAAAUGGUCGACAUCCUCCCCCUCAGCAGCUACCCCUCCUACAUCGACCUCCUACCCUCGAUCCAAACCUGCAACAUCACGAACCUCCCCGAGAACUACUUUCUAAAAUACUACCUGUACCAUGCACUGACCUGGCCCCAACUAUCCUUCGUGGCCGUGGUGCGACCCAAGAACGGCUACAGCAAGUAUACCACCACCGAGAAUAAAGGAGGCCAAGGAGCCGGCAGCGCCGCAGAACAAUAUCCCAAGGUAGUUGGGUACGUGUUGGCGAAGAUGGAGGAGGAGCCGACGGAUGGGGUGCCGCAUGGACAUAUCACGAGUAUUUCUGUGAUGAGGACGCAUAGACGCUUGGGGAUUGCGGAGAGGUUGAUGAGGAUGUCUCAACGCGCAAUGGCCGAAUGCCACCGCGCACAAUACGUGUCCCUGCACGUGCGCGUAUCCAACAAAGCGGCGCUGCAUCUUUACCGCGAUACUCUCGGAUUCCAGGUCGAUAGUGUGGAGAGCAAGUACUAUGCGGAUGGGGAGGAUGCGUAUGCGAUGCGCAUGGACCUGUCGGGCAUGUUUAUCAAUUGGGCGGAGAUUGAGCGGAAGGAUCAAGGAGGAGAAGGAAAGUACUGAGAAGAUGGUUAAGGUGAAGGUUGGGCGUGGGUUGGGAGUUGGGGAUUUGGUUGAGAAGAAUGAGGCGCAGGCUUCUUCUUAGUAGUUCUCUUUUUUUUUCUUUAUAAAAUGGUCCUAGGUUCUGGGGGAAAAGAGUGGGGUUGUCUUUUCUUGUAUAAAAUAGAUGUUAUACGAUGGUUUUUGGUAGAUCUUGGGUCUUGCUUGGUAUUGGU